CUACCUCGAUGUCGCUUCUGCAGAGGAGAACCUGAGAACAUAGUGGUUUUCUUUUCGCCCAGUCAGUUGGAAGUUGCAGUAGACCACCGAAAACGGUUUCACUUCGAAAUCUUCGCGUCGCUUUCAUUUUGGGAUCCUGCUGGAACAUGAAAUAAACAUACCGAAAUUAGAGAUCGAAUGACGGGGAAGGAAGCAGCUCAGGACAGAACGGCAGCCCUGUAGAAGCGCAUGGAGAAGACGCACAUGUGUGCCGCUUUUGUGUUUUACCCUCCGGUCUGCCCUGCUAUGGUCUGAACACUGCCCUUGCAGCUGAGGGCGUAGGCUGAAGGAUUCUGCACCCUGUCGCUUUGUGAAGAUCAGCGCAGAGUUGUGGUGAAGAUGCAGCGGAGGGAAGCGUCGCAUCUGUGGCCGCUGAUCCUCACUGUAUUGACGGUGUCAGUUAGCGGAUUUCCCACGAACUUAAAAAGAAACACUUCAGCCUUUCUUACUGAGGUGAUAGCAAAGCACAGCCAUGGCAGCAGUCAUCAGACUCUCCAGGAGCUGCAGCAGGAGAACCUGCUCCAGACUCUGCCUUCUAGUCCAUCUUCCCUCAGGUCCAGACACCUCUGGUCCCAGCAACAUCGCCAGGGUGUCCUCCCCCUUCCAGAACCUGAGGAUGACCUUGAACCCUUUAUCAUGGACCUGAGGAACUUCCCAGAGCUGGGCAAUGCAGACAUGGGCUCACAGAACCCUAAUAUUCAGGUGACCAUUGAGGUGGUAGAUGAAGCCCUGGCAGAGACUGAAGUGGAGAUGGACCUGGCCAAGGAGGGUCAGCGUAAUGACUGGUCAGUGUCAUCCUCAGAGUGGGUCAGCAGUAACAAGAAGUUGUUCUGGCCACUGUUCUGGGAGUACCCGGAGCAGUUAGAGAAUGAACUGGGAAGAGCCAGUUUGGAAGAGCAGUCUGAGGACUUAAACUAUGACCCAGAGGAGCUCGUCCUCAGUGGAGCUGGGGGUGACUGGGAGGGGCACUGGAAUGAAGACUGGCAUGCCAAGGAAAACUACGAGUACGAGGAAGGGUGGAGCGACUGGGCUCCCUGCAGCGUUACCUGUGGACACGGCACCCAGAAACGCACUCGCUCCUGUGGCUACGCAUGCACUGCAACAGAGUCACGCACUUGCGACCAGGAGAAUUGUGCUGACACAGUGACUGUUCUGACUCCCAUCCAGACCACCAACAGCACCAAUUUCCUGGACACAAAUGUAGACAGCUGUGAGAAGUGGCUAAGCUGCAAGAAUGACUUCCUCCAGAAGUACCUGCACCAAGUACUCACUGAGCUCCCCAGCUGCCCCUGCUCCUAUCCUUCUGAGGCUGUUUACAGUGCCGUCAACAUCCAGGACACCAAACUUCACAAGACUUACCGCUGGAGGGAUGCAAGUGGACCCAAAGAACGCCUGGACAUCUAUAAACCCUCAGCCAGAUUCUGCAUACGCUCAAUGCUAUCGUAUGACAGCACAACGUUAGCAGCACAGCAUUGCUGUUAUGAUGAUCAGAUGAGACUAAUAACACGAGGAAAAGGAGCAGGAGCGCCAAAUUUAAUCAGUACAGAGUUUUCACCAGAGCUGCAUUACAAGGUGGAUGUACUGCCUUGGAUCCUGUGCAAAGGCGACUGGAGUCGGUUUCACUCAGUAAGGCCGCCCAAUAAUGGGCUUGAGUGUGCAGAUAACCCCCCUGAACAAGUGUUUCAGAUGGAACUUAAAGAAGCCAGGGAAUACUGACACUGUGGAGGUGUGGAGUCACAGGAAGGGAGGAUCACAAGAGACUGAAGUUGUGGUUUGUAAUUCAAAGCCAUGAGUGAACUCGUGCCAGCUCUAGUGAAGCUUUUUUAUACUUAAAUGCAGACUAUUUGUUCAGAAAUGAAAUAACGCUGGUGUUGGAAGCGAUAGAAGGACAAUAAAAAUCAGUGCUGAAAUAUGUCCUAUGUUUAGCUAAUCCUCAUCCCUGUGUGUUGCUGCUGCUCUUUUGGGAUGUGCUAAGAUGAAUGUCUGAUUGCAUGUGUGCACAGUGUGUGUAUGAGUGUGUGUGUACCGAGGAUUAGUGCUGCAGGAUUAAUCUAAUCGCAAUCGCGAUGUCACGCUGUGCGAUUACGUAACCGCAUAAAAGUCUGCGAUUUGCGAUUUAAUGUAAACCAAU